AUGGCAGGAAGCAUCAGCAACACUGCGGCUCCGGUAACUAGUUCUCUGUCUAAACUACAGUCUUUAAAUGGACUGUUCGCGAUAUAUAAGAAACAAGGACCGACGUCGGCAAACGUGUUGAAUACGCUGAAAGAAGCGUUACUCAAAGAAGCUGGUGUUCAAAACCCAAACCCGCGAAAGAGGAAGAAGCAGAGCCUGAAGAUUGGACACGGAGGGACGCUGGACAGCGCCGCCAGUGGGCUGUUAGUGGUUGGUGUUGGGAAUGGCACAAAGAUGCUCAGUACAAUGUUGGCUGGUUCUAAGAAAUACGUUGCAGUGGGGGAACUGGGGAAAGCAACAGAUACUCUUGAUGCCACUGGAAGUGUGAUUCUGGAGAAAGACUUUGAACACAUAACCAAAUUGGACUUUGAGGAGAAGCUAAAAGCGUUCACUGGCGACAUCAUGCAAGUUCCUCCACUCUACUCGGCACUGAAGAAAGACGGUCAGCGUCUGUCUGUCAUGCUGAAAAAAGGUCAUAAGGUUGAGGCCAAACCAGCCAGACCAGUCACUGUGUAUAACCUGACCCUGCAAGAGUUUAAGCCUCCUCUCUUCACUCUGGAUAUUGAGUGCGGCGGUGGAUUCUAUGUCAGAAGCUUGGUGGAUGACCUAGGAAAAGCUCUGUCAUCGUGCGCUCAUGUGAAAGAACUGAUUAGGACCAAGCAGGGUCAGUUCACCCUGGAGGAGCAUGCCUUAUAUGAGGAGAAGUGGACCCUGGCACAUAUCCUGCGCUCUCUGCAACCCUGCUCACACUCAGAGCAGGGCCCGGAUUGUACAAAACCAGCAGAAGCCAACACCUGAGGAACACACACACUGAACAAAAUGAAAGUGGCGAGCUGGGGUUGCUGUCCCCUUAAUGAUUAGUUACCACUCACCUGCUUGGCUUUUCCUGUGAAGAGAACAUCCUGUCUAAACGCGUCAAGUUGAAAAAAAGCACCACACAACUAAUCGCAAAAAAUGAUCGACAGAUUAAUCAAUAAUGAACUUAAUCAUAGAGACUUACAGUGUAUAUUAAACACUCAAAGAAACAUUUGCACACUGCAUGAUUUAUUGAUUUAUGCAUAAAAUACUCUAAAUAGUAUACUUUUAUACAGUUUAUUAACAUAAUUUGUUUUGAUUGUAGGGAAUCUUUUAAGCUCAGCAGAAAUAUUAACUUAAAGGUGCUGUAAGCGUUUUUUGUUGUAAGUAAAUAGCUCUACAUUCCGACAGCCAUCACAAAGUGUUCAGCCAGUAACAUGGGUCUCCCAGUCACUUCUUUCCGCAAACAGAGGAUACAUUUGGUAUCCUGUUCCCACUUCAUCAAAUCAGGAGCGAGAACUCCACAAAGAGGCAGCGCUCAAGAAGGCAGCAGAAUUUCAGUGUGGGGACGAGGGGAGGAGGGGAGGAGGGAGGGGACUGCUAACUGCAAGUACUGACAGGAAGUUAGCCAAAAUGCUGAUUUCAAUUACAGCACCAUUUUAAGGUCCAGUCUGUAACAUUUAGGAGAUCUAUUGGCCGCAAUGGAAAAUAAUAUUCAUAGGUAUGUGUUAAUUAGUGUAUAACAAAUAAGAAUUGUUGUGUUGUCAUUACCUCCCUUGUUUAUUUUCCUUCAUUUAGAAUCAUUUAGAAUCUAAAUGAAGAUAAUGUGCAUCCGUAAUGGCUGUCAAAAUGUUAGACAGUCUUGUAUUAAACACUUAUCAAUUACACCUUCUGUUGCCAUGCUGGAGAAUACAUUCAUAAAGCAUGUAAAAUAUAUAUUAGUCAUUUUACCUGCAGAUUUCUUUAUGGAACUGCCAUGCUGUUUGCUCUAAACAGUGAAAGUUUCUUUUCUUCCAAUACAGUGUUGAGCUGUUUUUGGUUUUUUUUUAAGAUUGGUGUACUCAACAUCUGAAAGUGUUCAGAUCAGCAGUGGUACUGCAUGUGUAAUUGAAUUUGUUUUGCACUUACAAAUUAAAUAAUUAUUCAAGUGAAAAUAACAUUUUGUCUUUGUUAAUAGUUAGUAAAAGGACUAACUAGGAAUCACUUCUGAUUGUCUGACACAACAGUGGAAAGCUUUAGUGCCUUUGACAGUAAAAUUUGACUAAUAAAAGCAUAAAAAGUAUGGGAUGUAUAGUUACUAUGGUAGCUGUGAUUGCAGUCUGUUCCUAGUGUGCUAGAGGUGAGAUUUUCUAAAUGCAGAAGUCUUGUUUUACAUUUGCAGUUUUGUUUUGUUUUUCUGUUUCUUCCUUUCUUUUAAACCUAACUUUACUGCCUAAUACCUUCCAUAAAUAACAGGAGAGGAAA